CAUUUUCCUUUUCAGUUUCUUCUCCUUUUGAAUUGAAACAUUACAAAAUAAAAUAAUCUAAUAAACUCAGGAUUCUGAAACGCAUUCUGUAACUUUUAAAGAAUUCAAAACGCUCCAAAAACACGUCUUUAAGAGCGUUUCUCCAAACUCCAAACCAAGAUACGAUUAAAAUGAAGUGGGCGUCGAUUGAUAUGAUCGUCAUUACUUGCCGUUGUGACGUAACCAGUGGAGCAGCCGUGCCAUUGCGCAGGCGCAGCUUCACUUCAAAGCUAGUGACAGACGCGACAUGAAAAAUAAAACAGCAAUUUCUUUCCCGCAGCCAGAGGAGUUGAAGUUAACCGGAGAUGUGUAUGAGAACUGGAAAGCGUUUAAGCUGCGAUUUGAGCUCUAUAUCCACGCCGUCAGUGUCGAAAACGACGAGCGGAAGUUAGCACUGUUGCUAAUGCUAGCAGGUCGAGGAGCGCUGGAUGUUUACAAAACAUUCGACUUGAAAUCUGAGGAGAAGCACAAGUAUGCGGCUGUGAUGGCGAGGUUUGACCAGCAUUUCUCGCCCCGGAGAACCGAAGCGUUCCAGAGGUACAUCUUCAGACACCGGCUGCAGAAGGAGUCCGAAUCGAUCGAACAAUUUGUCAUGGACUUGAGAUUAAAAAGCCAGUUUUGUAAUUUCGGCUCCCAGUGCGACGCCAUGAUCAGAGAUCAACUUGUGUUCGGCAUCCAGGACGACAGGACGCGGAUGCUACUGCUGAAGGAGCCUGAACUAACUCUUUUAAAAGCGAUCCGGAUUUGCCAGGCGUCUCAGAGGUCGAAACUGCCGUUACAGACGAUUUGCAUUGAGGACGAGAGCCUGGACGUGGAAGCAGAUCCCGCCGAGAGUCAUCUCAGCUGUGACUCAAAGAGAAACCCCCUGUCACAGUUUCAAGACAGGACAGACUGUAGCACGCAGGCAGGACGGGGACACACCGAGGAGGAGCCGGAAGAGACGGAUGCCCUGACGUCUGUGGGAGAUGGGAAGAGUUCGGAGGGAUGUAUUGAUGAUGUGGAUGAAGACUGCAAAGAGAUCUCUUUUGAGCUGGACUCAGCCGCUGUAACGUACUUAAAUAGGCACAACAGAAAAGCGGAGGCCAACCACGGACACAUGAUGGAUCCUCCCGAAAAUAUGAAUCCACUUGGUGUGUUCCAUUCCUGUGGCGGAGGGAAGCAGCCAGUCUGUGUUUGUAGAGACAGCCAGGGAAGAGUGAUCCAGCUUGAUGUAGCGCCGUCAUGCUCCGCGACCGCGCCAGACAAGGUCACGUCAAAGCAGCAGCAGGAUAAACCCUACGUGAAAAAGCCGCCAAAUGCCUUUGUCAUCUUCAUGAGGGAGAACCGAGCCAAGAUCAAGGAUUUUGCGCAACCCAAACACAGUGCAGAGGCUAAUGCCAUCCUGGGUCAAAUGUGGAAGACCAUGUCCCCGCAGGACCAGGAGAAGUAUUACCAGAAAGCUGCGGAAGAGCGACGCCUCCACGCCGAGCAGCACCCGGACUGGUCCAGCAAAGACAACUACGGCAAGAAGAGGAAGCGGCAGCGGAGCAGAGCUCAGACCAAGUGAAGAGUUGCUUCUUACAUAAGGCUUUAAAACGCUAACUGGACUGAGAGUGACAGAAUGAUGAGCAGUCAUUUAAAAAUAACUUAAAAGUGAAUAACACAAUGAAUUGCUGGAAUACAAAUGGAGCUACAGGUCUGCAGCAACGUUGGCAGUGACUGGAGAUGAUCACCAAGUGAGCAUGCUAACAAGUCUGGUCUCGUGAUGGUCUCGCUGUGCAGCUAUUCAGUAGCGACGCCGGCACUUUGUUUCACCGACAGGUUUGACUGAUGCCAGUGAUGGCAGUACUGCAUCUGAGAAGGUGAAACCUCUGCGAUGUCUGGCUCUCCUGACACAGCAUUUUGUUUUACCAGUAUAAUCUGUGAUUUCAUAGUUCAAGAAUUUUAAAACUGUUUUUUUGCAAGGUGGAAUCCCUCCUCACGGUGUUCAUUUCACUUCAGCGCUGUCUUUAGAGGGUGCUUCAUUUAUCCACUGCACAAACCCGUUGAGUUGGUGCAGUUAUGCGCCUCUAUAUUCACGCGUAGACACCGAUAUCAUUUAUUUUCACGCAAGUUCUGCCUCCGACCGCUGUGUGAGAGAGGUGAGGAUGGAUACAUCAAACAACCGUCUUCAUUUCCACUUCGAAACUUAGUUUGUUGGGAGCCAGGUGGAACUGUAGAUCUCCACCUGUGACACGACGUCUGAAACUCUCCCCUGAACGCACACCCGACAUCCUAAAAUCUUAAAAGUGUUUAUAUAUCUUAAAUAUAUUUAUAGUAUUUAUUGUUCUGACAUUUCAGGACCCCACGAACAAAAAUAUACAUCCUGGUGUGUACCUUUAAAAAACCUAUAUGUUUCUCAGAUCUUUGUGUUAUGUUUUCAGAUUCAUAGAUUGCGUGAAAAAUGACUGCACCGACUAAUCGGUUACUGAUGAUAAUUUGUGAGUUGCGGCCCUGACAGCGUCGUCCCUGCUUGAGUGAACUGUAGGAGAACGACAGCACCGACUGCUCGUCUGUAUCGCGGUGUGUUGAAGUGCUGAGCAACUAAGUUCAAGAAUGCAGCUUCUAGUUUUCUGUUCCUUCAAAGUACUGGAUCUCGUGUUGGAUCUGCUUAUGUCGUGGUACUUCCUCCGUGGUAAUCGCUUUACUUUUGAUUAUUAGUCACAUUUCAAACCUCUAUUAUUUAGCUCAGAGCUUUCAGCACAGAGUGAGGCCGUGUGUUCUGGCAUUCAAACCUUUGAAGACAGUAAUACCUCAAAUUAUCGCCUGGGUUUGAGCUCCGUGGGCCACUGCCGUGGAGUAGAACCCGGGUUUCUUACAAAUGCUAGUUGUUUGAAUGAUGCGCGUCCUCAUAUCGUGUCAAAGGAAAGAAAUGGUUUGAUAAUCUGGCCCUCAGUUCAGUCGGAACAACUUUAUCCUGUGUUUAUACAGUGUGAGAAUCUUCACCAUACAAACUAUUUUAGAUCUCUAAAGUCAAAGGUUCUUAUUUGUGAAGCACUUCAACACACUAUUUUUCAUCAGAAGUGUGCUGCUGUCGUCGCGAGCCCUUAAAUGCAACACGGCUGCUGUGAUAGUUCUGAUGUACAAGUUGAUCUGAGACCGCACUGUGAGAAGAAUAA